CAUUUUUUGUUGACAGUUUCCUUUCCAAUUAAUUAUGGAAUGAAAAGCCUGACUUUUUUAAAUUAUAAACUGUUGUAUCUUAUAAAAAACUGUACUUCAUGUUAAUUAAAUAAUAAUAAUCGCAAAGACAUAUUUUAUCAUAAAGUAAAAUUGAAAAGAAUUGUAGUUAGAAGAAUAAGUUCUAAACGAUAAUGGAGAAUAUUUGUGAUUUGCCAUUUGAAAUCUUACAAAAUAUCUUUGUAAAUUUGGACUUGAAGUCUUUAAGCGAAGUGGGAAAGACAUGUAAAAAAUUCUAUACUCUAACGUCGAGUCAAGAUAAAGCAUUUUGGAAAAGAAUGAUAAAAAUAGUUUUGAAUAAAUAUAGUCAGUAUUUAGGAUUUUGGGCUGCAGAUAAUCCUUCCACUGGUGGAAUGGUUGUUAUUAAGUUUGAUAAUAAAGAAAUUGCUAUUAAUUGCUAUUAUGUUCUGCCAAAAGUCAAUAUUAAAUCCAAACCAACUCUGCUAUGUCUUUGGAGAGUUGAUUUAGAAGCAAAACGCAUUCAUUAUCCCUUCAGAAAGGAACUUUAUCUUAGUCUUAAUCCGGUAGAGAAUAAUCGGUUUAUCAUCAAGGAAAGUAUCGGUUUGGACGAUCUCUCAACAGUCAUCACAGGAAGAGAAUGGAUAUUAUCUCAAUUAGAAGGAGAUUCUGAGAUGGUUUACGAUGAUUUCAACAAUUACGAAUAUAUAUCACCGCAAUUUUUUCAGUUUGUACAUCUGUCUAAAAAGAGACACGACAAUUUCGCUAGAAUGCUAAGGACAGGUAUUGCGUAUGAUAAGCUCGAUUUAAACGAAAAAGGAUACGCAGAAUGUAAUACAGAAAUACCUGAAGCACUUAUUAAACCUGGAACCUUUAUUGGAACGUAUUCGGUUCAUGGAUCAGAAAUAAUAAAAUUACAUUACGAAAAAUCAAAUUCUUUGUUUACUGCAAUUGGAACUAAAAUAUCGGGAGAUGACAACGUUCCAUCCGGUCAAAAGACUUUCAAAGCCAAAUUAGAAUUUUCUGUAGGAUAUUUAAAUAUAGAGAAUGAAAUGAAUUUAACAUCGCCAGUUUAUACAAAAUUUGAUAAUUCAACGCCUCGACCAAUUGGAAUGAAAUUUAAUAUAAAUAAAGAAUUUCUAGAUAAAUUUAAUGAUAACGUGUCUACAGAAUUGCCAGAGACAUGCUUUCUUCGGUUUAGAGGUGUUGGUCAAGUAGCUGGUUCGUCAUUUUCCAAUCCUCGUUAUAUAUCUGGAGAAUGGAUUAUAUUCGAUAACGAUAACUUUGCUUUUAUGUGGCCUGAAUUACGUCACUUAUCUUUAUAUAAAAGAUUGCAGAUUACAGUUGAUUAG